GUUCAAUAUACACCUUACACGUGUAAUUCACAUACGAGUCAAGUGUGUAAUAAUUGCGAGCUAGGAAUUGAUACACUGCAACUAGAAUUUCAUCUGAAUUGAUAGACUGAUGACACAUUCUAUACGACCCAGUUUUUCUGCCUUGUGGCGCUACUCAAACAUCUGAUCUGAGUUGAGUUGAGAGACUUUUUUCCAUUGGGAAACAUGAGACACGAUAUCAUCAUGAAUGAGUUUGGAAUGAUCCUCUUUAUCGUCCUUGUGAUCCUGUACAUGUCGUUCUGUUUGGUGGAUGCCAAGCAGGAAGGAAAAACUAAGGGAGAUGCUGGGGGCCCUCUCUCCAUUCCAUACACAGGUCAUGAUGGCCUGCUUCUUGUGUCAACACUAGAUGGCAGCAUGCAUGCUUUAAAUCAACGCACAGGUCGUACAAUUUGGACAUUAAAAGAAGAUCCAGUAGUCAAGAUGGCUGUUGACAAUCCUGAUGGGUUUACAUUCCUACCAGAUCCAACCGAUGGAACCCUAUAUGUUCUAGGACCAGGCGGUGAUGGGCUAAAAAAACUACCGUUAACCAUUCCAUCAAUAGUUUCAUCGUCUCCAUUCAGAGGGCCAGAUAACAUGCUUUACACAGGGAGAAAAGCAGACACAUGGAUAGCCGUCGACGUCAACUCUGGCCACAAGAAGCAGACGUUGACCACCGAGUCCAGCCAAUCCUCCUGCCCGCUGACCAGUAGCUCGACGCUCUUCCUUGGCCGUACCGAGUUCACCGUCACCAUGUUUGACAGCACAAACAGUAACAAGAUCUGGAAUGUAACUUUUGCAGACUACUCAUCUCACGUGUCCAGUGAUCAGAGUAACUAUGACCUGCGUCACUUCUCGUCCAUCGCCGACGGUCAGAUGGUCACCCUGGACAAGAAGACCGGUGAGAUGCUGUGGGUCACCAGCCACAGCUCACCGGUGGUGGCCAUGUACCGCCUGCUGGGGGAGGGGCUGCACAAGGUGGCCCACACGGCGGUGUCACCCAAUACCUUGGGUCACCUGCUGGACGGGGGGGAGUACCCCACAUGGAGGAACCAGCUCCUAGGGUACACCAAGCAUACCAAACUAGUGCCCACCCUAUACAUCGGGGAUUAUCCAUCUGGUUUGUUGGCUCUUCCAGCUCUUGUGGAGGAGGAAACGGUUCCUAUCAUAUCUAGAGGUUGGAGCCCUCCCCUCUUGGAAGGUCCAGGGUUCGAUGGCACUACACCCCCCAAUGAUCGAGACAAGCCUCCCAUGAAUCCGCUGUCGGACGGCAAUAACAUCCAAGGCCUUAUUCUACUUGGUUACCAUGAGUUGCCUGCCAAUUCCAUCAUGAUACGCCCCACCGCCCCAGUCAGCCUGGAAGACCUCUCCAACGUCAUCACGGCCACGCCCAUUCCUCUGCCCCACCUCUCCAAGCCCAGUGAACCGCGCCCCUUCCCUGAAAAGGUUCCUCCCGAACCUGGACUUAACCCUGGACCUAGUCCUGCUCUGUGGUGGGUCAAUAGGAGCGAGGCGGUCUUCAUGGGGGGCAUCUUUACCCUCCUUGCCGGGCUGGCUCUCAUCCUCUACUUUUUACCAAAGCCCCUCGUAGUGGUUUCAUCAUCCCCGUCCGAGUCCAGCCAACACAGCGGGACAGGGAGCACAGGGGGCAAGAGGGAUGUCUCUGUGACACCAAGGGGUGAUGAUUACGUCCCAGAAGGCUUUGUCAAGGUGGGGAAGAUCCUGUUCAACCCGAAGCAAGUACUCGGCCAGGGCUGCGAAGGAACGUUCGUUUUCAAAGGGCGCUUUGAUAAUCGGGACAUCGCCGUGAAGCGCAUCCUGCCAGAAUGCUUCAGUUUUGCAGACAGAGAGGUGGAUCUGUUGAGAGAGUCGGAUGAGCAUCCAAAUGUUAUUAGAUAUUUUUGCACGGAAUCGGACCUUCAGUUCCGUUUCAUCGCUCUUGAGCUUUGUACAGCCACACUGCAGGAGUUUGUCCAUGAUAGAGGGCGCUUUCACAUGCUGAAACCUCUUGACAUUCUGUUCCAGUCCUCUUCUGGCUUGGCCCACCUUCACUCUUUAAAUAUAGUUCAUCGUGAUAUCAAGCCACACAACGUGCUCAUAUCCCAGCCCAACCAGCACGGCAAGGUCAAGGCCAUGAUCUCAGACUUUGGGCUCUGUAAGAAGCUCUCUGCGGGCAGGAUGUCCUUCUCAAGGAGGUCAGGGGUCGCAGGAACGGACGGAUGGAUUGCACCAGAGAUGCUGACUGGACAAGAUAGAACAACUACAGCCAUAGACAUCUUCUCCUUGGGUUGUGUCUUCUACUAUGUCCUGUCCAACGGGAAGCAUCCGUUUGGUGACUCGCUCCAUCGGCAAGCCAACAUCAUCUCAGGGGAAUAUAGCCUUGAUUUAUUACCACCGGAUGAUGAAAUCGCUCAUCAGCUCAUCACCCAGAUGGUGGAUCCCUAUUUUGACACACGGCCAGAGGCAAACGCGAUCCUCAGACAUCCUUUCUUCUGGUAUCCUGAAAAACAGCUAGCAUUCUUCCAGGAUGUUAGCGACAGAAUAGAGAAGGAGCCUUUAGACUGCCCUCUGUUGGUGGCCUUGGAAACAGGUGCUCAAAAUGUUGUCCGAGGGGACUGGAGAAAUAACAUUACAGAAGAACUACAAACAGAUCUCAGAAAAUUCAGGGCAUAUAGAGGGCAUUCUGUUCGAGAUCUUUUAAGAGCAAUGAGGAAUAAAAAACAUCAUUUUAGGGAGCUUCCAGAGGAAGUGAAGGCAUCGUUGGGUAAGGUGCCAGACCAGUUCGUCAAGUAUUUCACCUCGCGCUUCCCGCUUCUCCUCCUCCACGUCUAUGAUGCACUGAGUCUCUGCAGGGAGGAGCCUGUCCUGUCCAAGUACUACUACAACAGCUCAAAGAAAGACGUGCACACGGCAGCAGCAAUGUCCGAAGGGGAUCAUAUCCAAGGGGUACAUUCUAACCCAAGUCAAUGAAGAGUAGGGGAAAUCCCCAGUAUUACAUCAUCAAGAGAGAAUGUUGAUGAGGACACUGUGUUGGCACUCGAGUAUACACUGUGUUUUGGAAGUUAGAAAGGUCGUUUGUUGAUAUGUAUAUUGUAAAAUGUGAAAAAUGUAUUUUGAACUUGAUUCUUUGUUCAAUAUAACGAAAAACUCAAUACCUUGUAGAUCAUACGAAAGAACUAUAUAGUGGCUAAAUGUCAAUACUAUCUUUCCAAGACGCAGUGUAUUUCAAAAGUGAACACCUCAAAACGCAUUCCUCUCCUCUUCGCCGAUAAGGUGCCUUGUUUUAUUGAUGCCUUUAUAAGUUAUUUUAUUUAUUGCCAUUAAUAAUAUAUAUAUAUAUAAACAUGCUGGGGGCAUCGUGACUUCUCUGUUUGUCUUGCCAGAUAUCGUCUGCUUGGGGCAAAAAGGGCGUCAACUUUUAUCAUUUAACUCAUGGUUAACCCCCUUCUGGCUCUCAACAGGCAAUAUCUUUCUGUGUGUCAAAGGUCAAUAUCUUUCUGUGUGUCAAAGGUCAAUAUCUUUCUGUGUGUCAAAGGUCAAUAUCUUUCUGUGUGUCAAAGGUCAAUAUCUUUCUGUGUGUCAAAGGUCAAUAUCUUUCUGUGUGUCAAAGGUCAAUAUUUUAUAGAGAUUUGUAAAAAGCUGUACAAGAUAGUAUCAAAGAGCAUAUUAUUAGUAGGAAGGAGAGUUUAGCAUAAUGCUGCAAUGCGUAACUGUAUUGUCUUUUUCUAAUAAAGAGUCGGAUUCCCAAACAGAAUGUAGAUUUUAUGGAUGCAUAAAAGAGAAGGAAAAAAAUUAAUAGGGGAUUUUUAGAAGUAAUCAAAAUUCAAGUAUGUCAAUAGGUACAUGUAAAUCAAUUUCAAAUGGAUUUUUUUUUCAUUUUGGUAAUUGUAUAAUACAACGACAUGCCAUGAUAUAGCUGCCUCUAUGUAAUAAGCUCCUGUGAAAUAUUACAUUGCCUUUCUCCUAUAGUAAGACCUACAUGUAUGUCUUUGGAAACCACUUAAGAAGGCCACAUGUCUUUAAUGAUCUAUAACGUGAUAAAAUUAUGAAAGUUACUUUUUAUUACACUACUGACUAGUCUAAAUAACAGGCCUCCUCCUUAUCGGCCUCUGAUUCUUUUGGUCUUGCAUGAAUAAUGCUUCAAUAAACAAUUAAUCAGAAUCUCUUUGUGUGAUAUGCGCUUAUAAAUGAAACAAAUGUGUUAAAGGAGAAUGUCAUUCGUUAUAUUAGCUCCAACAGUAUAAUGUUUUUAAUAGAAAAUUAAUGGUGCUUAGACUUGGCAGUAUUGGAUUAAAUUUUGUAUUCAAGCGUUUUAUUCCAUAUGAUAUGUAGAAAAGAAAGACAAAGUAGCCGUGCACAAUUGGAAUUCCACUUUGUUUUUUCUUCUCUAUAUUCUUCAUGAGAUGUAUUUAAUGUGUAUUGAUAAGACACAAAGCUCUAUGGUUAUCACUAUUUAUGUUCCUCUUUUAAAAUGUACAGUCUUGUAAUCAAGCACAAGAACUACAUGAUAAAUGUAUGUAAAAGUAUUAUCAUUCUUUUUCGAAGCUUGUUACAAUUUUAAGGUUUGAUAUUUGUGAUGUAUUUUUUACAACCGUACAUUUCGACCAAGCAGAUUUUAUAUUUGUGUUAUUAUGUUUUACUGGUUUGUGCCGGGGUUAGAUUAUGUUGCUUAAAAAGCUAUAUAAACGAAAAGGAGACAUUUUGAUGACUUGAUAACUUGCUGUUGUUGUAAUAUGGAAAAAGAAAGGAUAUUGUAGCAUUCAACACAGAUUAUUUUAGAAUAUGAAGAUUGUGGGAUUAAGGAUUGUCUCAUAGUUUUUAUCAUGUCAUUUUCUUUUGGCUGAAAUAAUUUUUUAUUGAAAAGUCAGUUUUAUAGGAAAAUAUAAUAAUUUUGCUUCAUUGAAUCAUAUUUGGCUGACGACAGUAGCAAGAAACAGAUUGUAAAAUUGAUGAACCAUACAUUAAUAUAUUGUGUUGGCUUUUGUUACCAGCAUUUGCUUUGACCAGAAGUCAUCUAAUGUCUAUAAUGUAUGCACCCAUUUGAGCAACAUGUUUAACUAGACUCUUCAAUCAAAGCUGACUGGUUUUAAUAGCUUUAUUUAGAAGUUACAUGUACAAGGCCUGUUAUUCAACGCUGAUAGAAAUUCGUAAAUGGAAUUAUGAAAAUUGUUGAAAUCAUUGGUGCCAUUUUAUGGGAGCAUAUCAAUUGAUAUACUUCAAAGAUUAUUUGAUAGGAUUUCAGCCCAUACAAAUUGUACAUGAAAUUGACAUCAUUUUAAGUUUAUAUUUUGGUUUU